AUGUCAGAAGAAAAUGUUGUUCGUGGUCUCCCAAAAUCCGGACGGGUAUGGAAAAGUGUUCGUGAAAACAGAUACAGCUCAAUAAAGAAAGACAAAGGUCUUCGCUCGCCCUUUGUCAAACGCAUGCAAACUGAGAAGGAGUUAAAACGUGUUCGACAGCUAGAAAAGCAAAUAAAAGAAUCACGAGCCGAACGAAAACGUGCGAAACGCUUGAAAGAGGAAGAGAAACGACAACGGAAAUUAGAAAACGAGCGCAAAUCUGAAGUUGUGGUACCGCUCAAGAAUCCCUCGAAGAUAAAGAAAAUGAAGAAAAGCCAGUUACGAAAUAUUGUCAAACGAUGA